GGUUUGGUUCAAGAAACUAGCACUGUUGGACUCGCAGUGCAGCCAAGUGCUUGCUCUGCUGCAAUACUUGAGAAUCCGAACGGAGGAAUCAUUUAUGAUCCUUAUGAUUUCAGAGCUAUUGUUAUCGGUGCGCAUGAGCUAGGCCAUAUAUUGGGCGCCGGUCAUGAUGAUGAUUCCUGUGGUGAGGGUUACAUAAUGGCAUCUCACGAAUCAAAUUCACAAAAGACUUGGUCACAGUGUUCGAUAGAUGGUUUCCGUAAAACUCUACGGUAAGUAGAUAUUAAUCAGCUGGAUAUAGAGGAGUUAUUAUUUAUUGUUUAUUUAUUAAAAUUUUUUUUAAGAACAUGGGAUUUUUCGUGCAUGUACAAUAAGCCUGAUCUGGGGAACUAUAAUUCUAAAAAUAAUUAUUCACCAUUUAACGAUCAACGUGUUCUUCAUAGUGAUAACAUUAAUAUAAGACCAGUCGUGUAUCACGAAGAGGUAGAUGAUGACGAUUACAAAAUAGUAGUUAGUAUUGAUGAAUUGUUACCGGACAGAGAAAUUGAAAUCUUUUAUGAAAAUAAUACAUUAAUAGCAACCCAAAAAAAUACAGACAAAGAAACGAUUAAUUCAAGUAAUGAAAGAAAAAAUUUGAAAAUAUGUGUGCUCGAUAACAUGAAGGUGACAUUCGGUCCGUCUGAACUAAAUCCAUCUGAAAUAUUAAAUAUAUACCAUGAAGAAAAUAAAAUCUAUAUUCAUCAGGGCAGUAAACCUGAAUGUCUUAGGGAUGGUGGAAUUCGCACACCCGAUGUACCUAAAAAUAAUGAGGAUAAUAGACCCGAUCAAGAAUUAUCAAUAAAAGAUGGUACUAUAAUGUGUGUAAUAAAAAAAGAUUUCAAACUUAACAAGUUGGUAGGGAUAUAUUAUCGUGAUAAUGAAAUAUUUGUAUCCCAGCGUGGUUCACCGAUAAAUUAUAACUUGUAUGAUGAGACUAUAGCAGCUGACUUGCGAUAUGUCGGGUCUGAUAAAACUAAAAUUUUUCUUGAUCCGAAGAAAAUAGAUCCUAUGAAAAAAAUUUGUAUAAUGCAUCGUGAUAAUUCUAUUUAUAUUUUUCAAGGUAGAAAACCUGAUUUAAGCUUACGUGAAAAUAAACCUGAUGAAAUUAAAUAUUUACCCGAAGAUUCAAAUCCCGAUGUCAGGGAAAGAAAUCCUAGAACUAAUAAUAGUAAUAUAGUGUCUGCAUCUGAUAUUAAUAAUAAUAAUAAUAAUAAUAAAACACCUGUGCCUGAAAUUACUAGAAAAUUGCCUAAACCUGAUAAUGAGAAAUCUAAAUCUGUUCUGGACAUUACUUUUGCUUCUGGAGAAACGUUUAACAUAUGCCCAUCUGAAUUCGAUAAAGAAAAGGCAUUUUUGAUACUAUUUGAAAAUAAUCUGAUGAAAGUUACACAAAUAGGUGCACCUAGAAUACGUCUUUCAAUUGGAAAAAAAAAUGAAUUAAGUAUAAUAAAAUCUGAUGAAUAUAAAUUGGUAGUAAUUCCAGCUGCAUUCCAUUCACAAGCUGAACUAAAAAUACGACAUGAAAAUGGUAAAAUAUAUUUUUGGAUUGGAACUGAUGAGUUACCAAACGUUAAUAUAGAUAGUCCUUACCGCGUUGAGGUUGUGGAACGAGAUAGUAUAUUUUCGGAACGUCCACGGAAUAUAGACCCGAUGCCUGAAAUUUUUGAAAGCGGAAAAGUACAUGUUUUACUUCCUCUAGAAUUCAGAUUUGUUCAAUUAGUAUCGAUAGCACUUGAUGAUAAUCAUAAACUUAAUGUAACACAAAAAGGUGCACCUUUUGAAGACCCAUCGUAUAUACCAUCAAGGGAAUACAAAAAUUUUAAAAUAAUGACAUCGGAUAGAAAUAAAUUGUUACUACAUCCAAGGAAAGUUGAUUCUUAUAGAUAUCUUCAUAUAAAACAUGAUAAUGAUAAUGGAUUAAUAUACGUUUCGAGCGGUACUCCCGAAUAUCCAUUCGUUAAUACUAAUGUAUCUGAUAUUAUUGAAAUUAUUAAACCGGAUCCAAAAGUAAAUGCUGCACCUGGUUCUAUUGACAAGAUACCUCAAUCCGGAGAUAGACCGUCAGCGCCAAAAUCUAUGGGACCUGAACCUGGUCACAGACAACCUGUUUACAAUAAUGGGUCAGUAGUGCCUGGAUCCACGGGACCUGUAUUUGGUUACAGGCCACCGGUCCAUAAAAACGGGUCACCAAUACCUGAAUCUAAGCAGCCAGUGCCUGAACAUAUGGAAUCUGAACCUGGUUACAAACAACCUGUCCAUAAUAAUGAGCCACCAAUACCUGAAUCUAAACAGCCAGUGCCUAACUUCAAGGGAUCUGAACCUGGUUACAAACAACCUGUCCAUAAUAAUGAGUCACCAAUACCUGAAUCGAUGCAGCCUGUGCCUGAACAUAAGGAAUUUGAACCUGGUUACAAACAACCUGCCCAUAAUAAUAGGUCACCAAUACCUGAAUCUAAGCAGCCAGUGCCUGAAUCCAAGGCAUCUGAACCUGGUUACAAACAACCUGUCCAUAAUAAUGAGCCACCAAAACCUGAAUCUAAACAGCUAGUGCCUGAAUCUAAGGGAUCUGAACCUGGUUACAAACAACCCGUCCAUAAUAAUGGGUUACCAAUACCUGAAUCGAUGCAGCCUGUGCCUGAACAUAAGGGAUCUGAACCAGAUCAUACGACGUCUUAUCCUUAUGACGUAAAACCGAAACCUGAUCACAAACCAAGUGAACCUGAUGAUCUAACAAUACCAGCUAUCAGUAAGUCCGUUGAUGAUUCAUUGCCUGUAGUACUCACUUCCAAUAUGUUUAAUCUAAAUAAAUUGGUCGUAAUUUCCCAUAAGAAACAUAAAAUAAAUGUUUAUCAAACCGAUCGAGACGAUGACUACGAUGAAGAUGACAAUGAGAAUAAUUCAGGAUACACCGAUUUACAUUACUCGAUACCCAAGAGAGGGACCGUAACAUUUGAUCCUCGUAAAAUAAAUCCAAAUAAAAUGAUUAUUAUUAACUACAUAAAUAAGAAAAUUCAUGUGAAUUCUGCUGAGCUGUAG